AUGCAAAAAACGCUCCAAAUUUUCUUUUUCGCCGCAUUUUUGCCUUUAAUAGUUUUUGGUGAAUCCAGUAGUAGUACUGUACUCACUUCUACCGUACUCUCGACUACACCUACUGCAACUACAAGUGAGUACUGUAGCUCGAAAAUCCACGUUUUUAGAUACCAAACAAGCCUAGGGUUACUGUAGAUCAAAAAUUGAAAAAUCUAGAUUACUGUAGAGUACUGUAGACGUCUAAAAUUAUCGAUUUUUGCAGGUGCCACGUGUCAAGAUGCUCCCGGCGAAAAUUGUAGUUUAUACGUGUCAGUAUGCAGUGAUCCAAGAUAUUAUCCACUUUUGAAGGGGUAAAUUUGAAUUUUUCAAAUUUGGCGCCAAAAAAAACCAGGCGGGAAGUUUGAAAAUUCAAAAAUUUUGCAGAAAAUGUGACAAAACUUGUGGUUACUGUGGCUCAGUUACAACAACUACACCAUCUUCUACACCAUGUGUCGAUAAUUCAUCAAAGUAGGUCAAAAAAGCGUGCCACGUGUCACGUGUAGUACUGUACCAAUUGUUUCAGCUGUGUGAAUUGGGUCAAAAAUGGUUUCUGCACCAAUACAUUCUACAAUUGCACCCAACGCAAGCAAUAUUGCGCUAAAUCUUGUAAAUUGUGUAAUACUAGUUGUUAA